CGUACGGACCCUGCGGUGCUGAUGAUGCUGCCUGUGCGGGUUUAAAGGCCCACGGUCUGCAAAGAUUUUCGCCAUUUGAUUGCUGACCACGGUGCUCGGUGUAACGUGUGAUUGAUUUCAUUUCUUGCAGUUUCUUUCCUCUGUUUUUUUUUGUCGAACGUGCUCAAAACGUUCACGACGAGAACCGAUCGUACGGAUCCUUAAAUUUGGGAUUUUCCAUCUCUGUGACAGGUAGAUCACAAGACAAAAAUCGAUCCCCUGGACAAAUCUACGUGUUAGGAUAAGUGUUUGUGUGUGAGUGUGUGUGGGAAGAAACUGUUAGCGUCUCCCAGUGUUUGUCUGUUGUCUGGUGUGCUUUGACAAAGUUUGGAAUAAUUUCGAGCUAGAGACGCUAGAGUGUGGUCACUAUCAACCAGCAAAGGAACAGGAAUGGCAAGUACCGACAGUCAUCGCGGGUGUCCCAUGAAUGGGCACAGGGCAGUGAAUGCCAAGCCACAAACCAUCACCGAGGAGGAUCCGAUGGCAAACUUUAUCCGUCCCGAUCAACCAUCUGGGUGUACCUGGUCUCUUGGAACAACGGAAACAAGUCCACAUCAUCAUGAACCUCUCGCACCUAAACCGUCAGUGCUGCCGUCGAUUCUGGAAGCAGUCGGCGGAACACCGUUGGUGAAGCUCAACAAAAUUCCCCAAUCGUUGGGUUUGAAGUGCAAUGUUUACGCCAAAUGUGAGUUCCUCAAUCCGGGAGGUUCGGUGAAGGAUCGCAUUGGAGUGCGGAUGGUGUUGGAAGCAGAGCGCAAGGGAUUGCUAAAGCCGGGUUGCACCAUCAUUGAGCCCACGUCCGGCAAUACAGGGAUCGGGUUGGCAAUGGCUGCUGCUGCCCGUGGUUAUCGCUGUUUGAUCGUGAUGCCGGAGAAGAUGUCCAACGAGAAGGUGGACACGUUGAAAGCGCUCGGUGCGGAGGUGAUUCGCACACCGACCGAAGCAGCGUUCGACUCACCGGAAGGACUUAUUGCUGUUUCGCAGCGUCUGCAACGUUCCAUCCCGGACUCGGUUAUACUCGACCAGUACCGCAAUGCGGGCAAUCCGUUGGCACAUUAUGACGGUACGGGUGCAGAGAUUGUGGAGCAGCUGAACGGACAGGUGGAUAUGGUGGUUAUCGGUACGGGUACCGGCGGUACCAUGACCGGAAUCGGCCGUCGGAUUAAAGAGUCCUGCCCCAACUGUCAGGUUAUCGCUGCCGAUCCGGAGGGCUCUAUAUUGGCCGAACCGGAAGAACUUAACCGGACGGAAGUAAGCUUCUACGAGGUGGAAGGUGUCGGAUAUGACUUCCUACCGACCGUACUCGAUCGCACUGUCGUCGAUCGGUGGUACAAGUUUACUGAUCGCGUCGCACUUCCCCUCGCAAGACGACUAAUCCGUGACGAGGGUUUACUAUGCGGUGGUAGCAGCGGUGGCAACCUAUUCGUCGCACUAGAGGCUGCCAAGGGGUUAAAGGAGGGCCAGAAUUGUGUGGUCGUCCUGCCGGACAAUAUUCGCAACUAUCUGACCAAGUUCGUAUCAGACAACUGGAUGGAGGCGCGUUAUUUCAAGGAGUCGGAGAAUUGCUACAAUCAGAAGUGGUGGAAUAAUAAAGUACAAACGUUGCCAAUGGAAACGCUCCUAACCGUGCGUGAUGAUGCGCCUAUCAGUGAAGCAAUUGAAACGAUGAAGCAGAACAAUCGUACCCAUCUGCCAGUUGUUGACUCAACCGGCGCCAUCAAGGGUGUGGUACAUCUGCCAAACCUUUUGAGCAAAAUGCUCAAUCGCUUGGCAAAGCCCUCGGAUCUCGUGCGUCGCGCCAUCUUUAAGCAGUUCGUUAAGAUCGACCACGAAGAGAACGUUGGACGUGCAUCUCGGAUUUUGGAAAAGGAUAGCUUCCUACUGAUUACACGUCAAGAGCCGGGUACAGAACCUACCGAACGUCUCGUAGGCAUACUUACACAGCGUGCACUUUUUGAUUUCGUUGCUGAGCAGGCUGCAACUGUAACGAAUGGAAAUGGAAAUGUAGAUUAGUGGGGUUUUUUUAAAUUCUAUUUCAUAACAUCCAUUACGACAAAUCGAAACAACUGGACGCUUUACCAAGUGUGAAAAAUGUUACAAACGAAAUGUUGUAUCGCUAAUAAAACUUGCAAAUGAAUGAAAGUGUAA